AACGCGAAUGGAGGCAGUUGAUGUUUCAGAGCCGAAACAAUCGAGUCCGAAAUAAACGAGCAAAACUUCAGUGAAAAGCCCGUGAUUGUUUAUCUUCCGUUAGAGCGCGUCAGACCUCAAGUACUCGUGCAGCUGUGUCGGUGGAGGCCGUGUGUGUGUCAGGAUUUGUUUGUUGAUCUGCUGUUAGAGGCCCGGAUUCACUCUCCUUAACAAGCAGGGAAUAUGAGACAGAUGCCACAAUGACGUCUAGAUUUGGAAAAACUUAUAGUCGAAGAGGAGGAGAUGGGACCUCCAAGUUUGAUGAGGUGUUGUCCAAUAAAAGGGCGACUCUCAGCACCAAAUGGGGCGAAACGACUUACAAAGCCAAGGUGGGAGCGAAGAGGCCUGCCUUGAAGACUGAUGUGACAGAUCGGACCAAGAGGUCUAAGGUACUGGAAGGUGAUGGCUCAGAGGAUCCGUUCGGGUUUGACAGUGACGAUGAGUCCAGGCCGGUCACGUCUCGUAGCAUGUCUCAGUCCAAGCCCAAGGUGAUUGCAACGGGAGGGUCCCAAGCCAGCCUGACACUGGAGCCCAACAGCAGGGUGAACCAGCCUGCCAGUGUGGAGGCCGUGGCUCCCAGCAGGGCCCCGUUUACUCUCAGCAUGGACAGAAGUGCUCACAAAGUGCCAGAGGAUCCUGGGAAGUUCUUAAAUACCUCUACUGCAGGAAAGACCCUGAGUUGGUCCAUCGAGAGCACAGACCAGCACAGCUAUUCAUGGUACCCUUCUGAAAGCGACAUGAGACCUCUAGCCCAGACGGCCACGUUGAAGUCUGAGAAAACGGAUGCCAAGGAUUCCUAUGAUGCCUGGAGCUCUGUGGUCGGUCUGGGGGUACGCUCCACAUCCCUCUUCACCAGUCCCAAAAACCCUCCGUCUACCAUGUGGGCAUCCAGUAGUUACAGUCGCAGCAGCAUUCAGGACAAAACCUCCUCUGAGACUCAUUUAGACGAGCUUGGCCAGGGGUACUUUAAGAUUCCUGUAGAGCCAUCUGAAAGUGAGGAUCACUCGCAGUCGCCACUCAGGUCUUCCAACUGCCGAACGUACUGCAGACCCAGUAAAGGCAAGCAGGAUGGAGGACCUGAUGGGAGUGAAAUUGCCUCCGGUGGUGACUCUGUAGGAGUGUCGCACAACAGCGGAGCUGACUGCGCCGUUGGGAUGACGACAAACAUAGGUCGGACGAGAGACUUCACUGUGCUGAACCCGUCCUGUUUGUCAAUGUUUAACGUCACUUUCCAGGACUCCAUGGACCGCAAUAUGGAGGAGUACACAGUCAGCGCCCCAGCUGCAGACCCAGUGGAUGCACUAAGACUGAGGAAGGAAACAGAGACUGAGAGCAAACACAUUAGUCGAUCAAGACCCACACAGAGCAAAGUGAAGAGCAGUAAACUGGAGCUGUUUGGGUUUAAUGAUGCCGACACUCUGGCUGAGGAUGAUGACGACUCCACUUCAGGAAGCUCCAACUACAGGAUAAAAUACUUUGGCUUUGAUGACCUGAGUGAGAGCGACAGUGAAGAUGAGGAGAGGUUUUCUGAGAGGAGGAAGGCCAAGAGGAUGGCUGCUGUGGGCAUAGAUGGACCAUUGGUUUCUAUAGAGACGAAUGUUGAAAGUCCUCCACCCAGAGAGAGGCAGAGCAGUCACAUAACGGCUCACAGUCAUAGCCUCAUACACGAUCCUAUGAAAUUCCCAGAGGUCCAUUGUCCCUCCCUGUCUGAGAUGGUAAGGAAGCCUCAGGUCAAAGCUCAGGAGAAAGCAAAAGACAGCAGCAGGAAGAUCUUCAGCGGACCCAAGAAGUCCCCUACUAAAGCUGUGUAUAAUGCCAGACACUGGAACCAGCCAGAGACAGAAGAACUGCUGCCCUCGCUUCCAUCACGAUCUCAAGCUACUCCGGCCGUUGCGUCAGGAGGCAGUAAAGAGUCGAACUCUCACAAGGAUGAUGGUGUGUUCAAAGCUCCGGCCCCUCCUCCCAAAGUCAUCAAGUCUGUCACUAUCCCCACAGAGCCUUACCAGGACAUGGUCACGGCGCUCAAAUGUAGGAAGGAACACAAGGAGUUAUACACUGUUGUCCAGCAUGUGAAGCACUUCAAUGAUGUGGUGGAGUUUGGGGAGAAUCAGGAGUUCACCGAUGAUUUUGAGUAUCUUGCCACUGGUUUGAAGACUGGCCAACCCCUUAAUACACGCUGCCUUAGUGUUAUUGGUUUGGCCACACGGUGUGCUAUGCCCAGUUUCAGGAUGCACCUAAGGGCUCGUGGGAAAGUGGCUCAGGUCUUUAAAACUCUCAAUGAUGCACCUCAGCAUGCGAAUCUAGCUCUGUGUUCGGCCUCUCUGAUGUACAUCCUCAGCAGAGACCGCUUGAACAUGGACCUGGAUCGAGCCAGUCUGGAUCUCAUGAUCCGAUUACUGGAGUUGGAACAGGACAAAUCCACAGCUGAUCAGCUGACGGCGAGAGAGAUGAACAAAGUGAAAGAAAAGAUUCGCAAACUCUGCGAGACAGUUCACAAUAAGCAUCUGGACCUGGAGAACAUCACGACGGGACAUUUAGCCAUGGAGACGUUGUUAUCGUUGACGUCGAAAAGAGCGGGUGACUGGUUCAAAGAAGAGCUCAGGCUUCUGGGAGGCCUGGAUCACAUUGUAGAUAAAGUGAAAGAGUGUGUGGAGAAUCUGAGCCAAGAGGAUGAUAAGGAGAAUCUAGUGGCGUCGUUGUGGGGGGCUGAGAGAUGUCUGCGUGUACUAGAGAGUGUAACUGUUCACAAUCUAGAAAACCAGGGCUACUUGAUCGCCUACAAGGACUCUCAACUCAUAGUGUCUUCAGCAAAGGCGUUGCGUCACUGUGAAGAGAUGAUUCAGAGGUACAGUCGAGAGGUGAACAGAGGUCUGUGUUCAUCAGGAACUCUGCUGCCGUACUGUAGCAACAGUAAUGUGGGGAAAGCUGUAGAGGACUGUAUGAGAGCCAUCAUCGGUGUCCUGCUCAACCUCACACAUGACAACGAAUGGGGCAGCACAAAGACGGGUGAGCAGGACGAGUUCCUCAACACGGCCCUGAACUGUGUGCUCAGGGUCCCGCAGUACCUGCCACAAGAGCAGAGGUUUGACAUCAGAGUCCUGGGUCUGGGCCUGCUCAUUAAUCUGGUGGAGUACAGUGCGAGGAACAGACACUGUCUGGUGGAGCUGCAGAUGGAGGGAGGUGACGUCUGGGACUCGAUGUGUGUGUCUGAUAAAGACGAGCUGAAGACUGAAGGCGCUCUCAAUGCUAUUGCUGCUCUCGUGAAGCUUUUCCUGCAGCGAGAGCGUGCAGCCGUGUUGGCGGAGGCGGAGACUGAUGACUUCAUCAACGACGCACCCAAAUCCAAGUUGGACCAGAGUGGAGAGUGGCAGGAGACCAAUGAGGAGAUCCAGUGGGUGGCAACAGAAAACCGCAGCACAGAAGACAAGAAGAAAGAAGAGGAGGACAAGAAGAAAGAAGAGGAGGAUGAAGAACUAGAUCUUAAUAAAGCUCUUCAGCAUGCUGGCAAGCACAUGGAGGACAGUAUCGUGGCAUCGUACACUGCACUGCUUUUGGGCUGUCUCUGCCAGGGGAGCCCUAUGAAUGUGACUACUGUGAGGGAAAACCUGCCAAAAGGGGAUUUUUCAGUCAUGACGGAGAUGCUCAAGAAGUUCUUGAAUUUCAUGGACCUUACAUGUGAUGUGGGCACUGCAGGACAGAAGUCUAUCUCCAGAGUCAUCGAUUACCUGGAGCACUGCUAGUGUAAUCGUGGAGAUUCAUACAGACUUCAGCACACACUUGAACCCAUCAUCAUCAUCAUCAUCAUCAUCCAGUAUCUUCCUCACUCAGACUCGACAAACUGAAGAUUAAAGCACAUCAUGCACUGAACUCCAUUAAAGAAGCUGUUUUGAGUUUGUCUAGUUGUUCAUCCGUUCCUUCUUCAAGAGUUUGAUAUUGUUGCAUUGAGUGACAGAGAACUUUGUUUUACCUCUGUUGAACUGUCACCAUGUAAUUUCACUUUCAAUGUAGCAGAUAUUUAGAGUAGCUUUGAGAAACCUUUGUUAAAGGCUGCCCCGUCCUCUAUGAUUUUCUUGUUGUUCCACUCCCAAGUCUGCUUAUUUCUGAGUGCUCGACACUGACCCAAACGAUUGCAGGGCGAAUCCAAAACUGCAUUAGAGGUUCUGGUUCCCUUUGAAAUAGUGGAAAGAACUGCCCUUCUGGUUCAAAACCAUUCUCUUCACUUCAGUAUGUGCCCCUUUUGUGUAACGACUUUUCUUUUUUUAUCGAUAGUGUCAUGUCAAAGGUCUACAAAUGAAUAAAUUACGUUUCUGCUCAUGUCACGAGGGCAGGAGAGGGAUGAAACGUUUUUAGAACGUUUUAGUUGUCAAACCACCAUUAAAAACAUUUUUGAAAAUGCCUUUGAAUAAUGUGAGAUACAUGAGAAUGAAUAAUAUAUUCUGACUACAAGACGGUAAAGUUCAAUACAUUUAAAGGUGAUUUAAAGCCAGGAAAUCUCUUGAUCGUUGCUGCAGGAGUCCAAUAAACAAAGUUUAUGAAUCUCUUGAUUACUCUAGAUAACCAAGAGUUGCACUGAGCCUCCAUUUCAUCCCACUCUUUAUUAGUUUCUGGAGUAUUUGUCAAAUGGAAGAAGUCUUCGGUAAUGAUAGAUAAUUAUUUCUUAGAACCAGACUGAUUUAAAGGAAUAUUCCAGGUUCAAUACAAAUUAAGCUCAAUUGACGCAUUUGUAGGCCGUAUGCAUUUACAGGACAAUCUGUAAGCAUUAAAUUACUAUUUCAAAUGUAUAGCCACAAGACGUAAACAAUAUUCAUGUGGAAUGAUUUCAGUAUAGGGUAUAUCGGCGUUGCUAUGACGAUGCCAUAAAGUUGUAAUAUUAAAUAUAACUUUACACUGAUAAAUGAUUUUGUCACACCAGAGUCACGUGUUUAAUCUUUAGUCUUGUGUCUAUACAUCUGAAACGGUGAGUAUUUGAAUGUUUACAUACAGGCUCAUUCACUUCCAUUGUAAGUAAACCAAAUCAUUCUUCAAUUAAGCUUAACUUGGAUUAACCUGGAAUAUUCCUUUGAUAAGGCCAGUAGUUUGCAGUUCUAAUGUUUGUUUACCUUGAUGACAAGCUUGACAGAAACUCAUUGCUGCUGUUGUCAAAAUGUUUUAAUGUGCUUCGACUCAAGUAAAUGUUCUUGUUUUUCAAUGCGUGCGCACACACACACACACACAUACUUGUCACAAGCUGGUUUGUUGGUAAUACAGGCCUGCGUGCAGAAAAAUAAAUUUAAUUCUGCAUUUCUAGGGGUCAUUGUUCUCACUGCUAAACUGCUGGUUUUCACAGAGUUUAAGGAUGUUCUCGGUAGAGUCUCUGUCGGUCAGAUUUGAGCUUCUGUGUGUGUGUGAGCUCCAAACAUCAGUGCAGGAUUGAAUUCACACGGCUGGACAUGAAUGAUGCAACAUGAACUGUAAAUACUGUAAAUAUUGUGCUGUUGGAGAACUAGAUAGACUACUUUUCUGAAUCCAAUCCAAUUUUUAUUUUAUACCGCAUUUUUCUCAGUUGUGUUCUUUUAGGUAAGGUGAAAGAGUUAUCGAAAAGCCAACUGCAGGAACAUUUGUACCAAUUUCAAAAACAAUUUCUUUGGUUACUUGUACAUAAUUUUAACUCGAAUAAAAAUUGCUA